CUCAAAGCCUAGUAAGCACCCUCUUUGGGCCCCCUUCUUCCUUCUCUCACAACACAUAAUUUGUUUUUUCUCUAAGCACAUUUUUGAAUUUCUUAAGGUUUUUGCCCCUACCAUAUCCCAUUUUCUUUCUAUAGCUAACUAGAUAUAUUUUUAUAUAGAGCUAAAAUGGGUGAUAACAGUGGGGAUCUAGGUGCAGUUGUAAGAAACUGCAACAUUAAUAGACUUAACAACGUUGUAGUUCCUAGUUUAGGCAUAAAGUCUCAGACUUUUGAAAAUGAUGUUGAUUGGAAUUUUUUUGACAUUCUUUUAGAUGAUGACCAUGAUGGCAUACCUUUCAAAGGAUUAGCUGAAUUUAUUUCUAGGGAUUUGCCAACUGCUCACGAGCAAAAACCAAAUGAUCAAUCUUCUUCGAUCAUCAACCCCACAACUCUCAUUCCUAUUCAGCCAGCUCAGUUUAGCAAACCAAUAAUUCAUCUUCCCCCUCCUUCACCACCACUAGCAUUGCGUGUGCCAGUAGCAGCGAUACCGUGUGUGCCAGCAGCAACCCCAUAUCAAUUGAUUAAUCAACAGCAACAAGUCGUGAUGCAUGCUAAAGUUCAUCCUACUUUUACUGUGCCCAAUAGAAAUGCUCUGAUCCAGACUCGUAGAAGGAAAAAUCAGUCGGAAAAGAUAGUUAUCUAUGAAUUGAGACAAGAAGAACUCGUGGAUGAUACAUGGGCAUGGCGUAAGUACGGUCAAAAGACAAUAAGAACUUCUCCAUUCCCGAGGAACUAUUAUAGGUGUAGUACCUCAAAAAGCUGCAGAGCAAAGAAGCACAUUGAGAGAAGCCCAAAGGCUGAAAAACUUUUCAUCGUGGCCUAUUCUGGUGAACACAACCAUUCUCCGCCGCCCACUACCGAUCAUAGUUAUCUCUCUGGGCGCUGGACCCGCGGUGCCAAAUCUAAGCUUCCAAAAGGCAUAAAUAUUGUGCCUAGAGCAUUAAAUUUUAAUUCAUCCUCCUGUAAUCGCUCUCGACGACGUUCAAAUGUCUCUCCAAUUAGCUUACCUACUCCUACACUUGAAAUCGAGAGUGCAUCCGCAAAUAAAAACGAAAUGGUGGUGGCGGAGAGAAAAGGUAACGACGAGGAUAUAGUUGUUUUGAUUCCUAACAAAUUAGCGGGUGAAGAUAUUAUCAGGAAUUUUGAAGAACUCAAAGGAAUUGCUUGUAACAAAUGUGCCAGCUCCAUAAUGGGAUAAAAGGGACAGAGGGAACUGAGGAUAUUCAUCUAUCAUUUUGUUCCCUCCACCAAUUUUAUCAAACUAUUAGCUUUUAUUUUUCUGGUGUUGCUUCUAUUUUAGCUUUACUGCUUGCAGCAGUUGUGUAGUUUUCAUCAGUUUAACCAUGUACAUCGUAGAAAAUGUUUUCUCUUGCUAGCUAUGUGGACCAUUUUCAGUUAUGCUAUUCUCCAAUGUGGCAAUAAUCUGGUCCUAGCUGUAAGUU